AUGGGGCGGAUCAUUGAUCGCAUGCAAGGGGGGCUGCACACCAUUCAAGGUUUUGCGGACAGGCGCGACACCAAGAAGAAAGUGAAUGCCCUCUACGUUCUGACCAUCUUCAUCGCUGGCCUGUCGCUGGUGAGUGCGAUUUGGAUGCUCGUCGAGCUUAGCAUCUUGUCGUUCGUCUUCGACCUGAUCGUUGCGGGUCUCGGCCUCUUGGGCUUCCACGCCACGAGGCACCGCCAGCGUUCGCUCCUGCUUGUCUACGUUCUGGGCAUGUCGGUCGUCGUCGGCUUGGGCCUCUUGGGCCUCGUCUUGUUCAUCCUCUUCAGCGUCUUCUCCUUCUCGGUCGAGGUCGCCUACCUGGUCUUGUCGCUGGUCCUCAUAGGCAUUCAGGGCUCCUCCGUCAUCCUGGCCUACAGCCUCAGCAAGGACCUCGACCCCAAGCGUGUGGCCACGAUGGGAGCGCCGCACGACGGGAGCGCGAUGGAGGCGGGCGAGCAGGAGUUCGCCUUUGACGCCGCUGGCAACAUGUACCACCCGGACAGUAUGAUGGUCAACGCCGGGGCCUCGGCCGUGCCGCCGCCUGUGUACCACCAGCAGCCGCCCACCACCACGCCCCUCGGCGGCAACAUGCCCGUCUACGACCCGGCCACGGGCACCUAUGGCGGCUACGCCGGCUACAACCCCUACGCGCCCCAAAUGGCCGCCUACCCGCCGCAGUACGCCUACCCGCCGCAGGCCAUGCCCUACGCCUCCCAGCCGCUGCCUGCUGUUUCCCCCGCCCCCUCCGCCACCACGCCGGCCGGAGAGGUUUUCAACUUUGCGACGUUCCCCGAGCCGCAGGCUGCCGCCCAACCGCAGGCUGCGACCUACACCAUCGACGACGACGAAUUCGAUCCGUUCCAGGAGCAGUCCGCCGGCGGAAGCGCCCAGUAA